GUGCGCGCUUGUGACCCCGCUCCGUGGCAAAGAAUGCUAAAAGUUUUGAAGCGAAACGUAUUAGGCUGCCCCUGACUGCGCCGUUCUUAUGGCAACCGAGCUCGAGCGAUAAACACUCCCGCGGGAGCCUAUGAGAGGGAAGUUCCUCGGCACGCGCGGCUCAGCUGGGGGCGGCUUUUUGAGCGCCUGGGAGAGGAGACACCUGCGCGCAUUCCCUUUGGCGGGAGGGGAGCGAGCUUCGCUUGACUUGUCCGUCGCUGCAGCCAAAGAGUCACCGGCGCGCCCAGUUUCUUGCCUGGCCGAGCGGGGAGUUGGGUCCGCACGCAAAAUGGGGUGCUCGACCAGCGCUCAGACCCGGGUCAAAGAUUGUAGCCGGCCGGCUCCCAAGUCUCCCGACGCCAACGGGCUGCAGAAACGCGAUGACAGCGUGCCCAUUGCUGGUGAAAAUGAAACCAUUCCUGAUCAGACCAAACUUGGGGUAAUGGAAAAAGUGGAGCUUGGAUCUCAUGGAGCAAAACUAAACAAGGAUCUUGCCAAAGAGGAAGAGGACGCUUUGAUUCCAGGAAUAACAAACUGUGCCCUUUCUACCUGUCAAAGAGUCGACCCCGAAGGCACAGAGCCUCAGCCAGUGGCACCAGAAGAUAAUUUCAAUAGCGUGGCUUUGCCUACAGGGCUUUUAGAAGCUGGUGAGCCUCUGCCUGUGAAACCAUCAGAAGAGGUUGGUGAGCCUCAAGCUGCCUCAGAAGCUGCAAGCCCUUUGCUGCCAGAAACUGUACAGGACAAUAAGCCUGAACCUGUUGAAUCAACAGAGACGAGCACACCUGAGCCUGCAGCUGAGGAAAACUCUAGUCUUGUAACGGAAAUUGUGAAGGAACUGCAAGUGGGUGAAGAAGAACAGCUAACUGAGGGUGAGACAAGAGAAAAGAAGGAAAUUGAGAUGCACAGUGAUAUAGCAAGCGAGGGCUCUGAAACAAAAGAAGAAGAAAUGGGAGAAGCUACAGUAACAACAGAGAUAGAAGCUACCAAUAAUGAAGAGUGACUCAUGGCUUCUGUCUGGACUUCAUCUUUGGUUGCUCAAAUAAUAUUAGUACUCUGAUUUUGGUAUAAUCUGGGUUUUCAUAGAAGCUUGUAUGGACUUGUCACAACUUCUGAGCACUGGGGGCGGGGAAAACUAUUUCAAAGAUUUUAUUUCAGGAAGUCAAGUUGCCAAGACACUGAGGAAUUGCAGUGUUUUAACCCUUCAAGUUUGCCAGAGUGCCUUUUGACUGAAAUUAUGUGUUGCAAAAUGAGAACUUCACCUAUUCCAGUUAGAAAAUAAAUUGCUAAAUGUGAAAGAAUCUAAGGUAAACUGUAUCAACACUAUAAAUCAGGAGUGGGGAACAUUUGGCCCUCCAGAUGUUACUGAACCACACUUCCCGUCAGCCCUAGCUAGCAUAGCCAGUGGCCAGGGAUGAUGGGAGUUGUAGUUCAGCAACAUUUGGAGGGACAAAGAUUCCCCACACCUAUAAAUUAUAUAACUUGGUGCAUGUAAUUUUGUAGAUGGAGAUUCUCCAAGGGAUAGAUCUUAAAAUGGUCUGAGUAUCAUUAAGUUCUAUUAAUAAUGUUGCAACCAUGAGGGUUUUUUUAACUCUACCGGUACAAUUCUUAAGUGAAUUUUCUCUUUUAUAUAAAACACUUAUUGGUAUUGCAGCUUAGUAUUGUUGCUUUGGUUCAAUCUGGUAAGAUGCAUCCAUUCAUAUUUUUGGUUUUAAAAACUAAUAAAUAGUCAUUGCAAUCUAACACUUGUGGGAUGAGAGCUAACAUGUAUUGAUGGCACUGUACACUUUAAUAAGAAAUCACUGACUAGCACAGUAUCACAAAUACUUUAUUGUUGUGGUGGUAGCACUUUAAAAAAAUUAAUAUUCAAUCUGAAAGAUUGUAAUCAUUAAAUCAGAAUACUCCUGAACACCCAUGCUAAAGUAUCAACCAAAUGAGUUGCUGCUCUAAUGUGCAAUUAUGCAUUCCUAGAACACUCUAGACUUUUUUCCAAAAUGUAUACAUUGUUUGCUUUUUAAACCUCUCUUACAGUAAAUAUGAAAAGUGAAUCCUGAGUUGAGUGGUAGAGGGGAAUUAUACAUUUUAAAAAAGGUUGGCAACAUUUAGUGUGGUUCUGUUGGUUGCAUAGUUAAGAAAUUGUGUGAAGUUGAGCAGAACUGAUCUUCAACCACCUUAUGUGUGAACCAGGGAACUUUUAUUCUAUGCCAGGGUAUGGUUGAUAUGGUUGGUUCUUGGACCUCUUCAUGUAAAGCCUAUAAAAUGUAAUCUUUAAAAAAUUGCAAUAAAGAAAGCACUUAUGGAAUGUC